AAACGUUGGCUGCAAAUAUAGCUACAAAUGUACAUGCAGCUAGCCUAAAUAGCAUGUUAGCACUGAUUAGCUGGCAGUCAUGCCGCGACCAAAUAUGUCUGAUUAGCACAUAAGUCCAUAACAUCAACAAAACUCACCUUUGUGAUUUCGUUGACUUUAUUGUUGGAAUUGAUCUGCAGGUUAUCUAUACAUCUCUGUGCCACGUCUGUCUUAGCAUCGCCGGUAAAAUGUGCAGACCAAACGAUCGGGACUUUCGCAUCUUUUCACACUGGAGCAACUUAAAUCUGUCGAUUGGUAAGAGUUUUUUUGGCAUUAAAUGUGGGUGGAGGGAAACGCCGGAUGCAAAUAUAGCUACAAAUGUACAUACAGCUAGCCUAAAUAGCAUGUUAGCAUCGAUUAGCUGGCAGUCAUGCCGCGACCAAAUAUGUCUGAUUAGCACAUAAGUCAAUAACAUCAACAAAACUCACCUUUGUGAUUUCGUUGACUUUAUCGUUGGAAUUUAUCUGCAGGUUAUCUAUACAUCUCUGUGCUAUGUCCGCCUUAGCAUCGCCGGUAAAAUGUGGAGACCAAACGGUCGGGACUUUCGCAUCUUUUCACACUGGAGCAACUUAAAUCCGUCGAUUGGUAAGAGUUUGUUUGGCAUUAAAUGUGGGUGGAGGGAACCGUUGGAUGCAAAUAUAGCUACAAAUGUACAUACGGCUAGCCUAAAUAGCAUGUUAGCACCGAUUAGCUGGCAGUCAUGCCGCGACCAAAUAUGUCUGAUUAGCACAUAAGUCAAUAACAUCAACAAAACUCACCUUUGUGAUUUAGUUGACUUUAUCGUUGGAAUUUAUCUGCAGGUUAUCUAUACAUCUCUGUGCUAUGUCCGCUUUAGCAUCGCCGGUAAAAUGUGCAGACCAAACGAUCGGGACUUUCGCAUCUUUUCACACUGGAGCAACUUAAAUCUGUCGAUUGGUAAGAGUUUGUUUGGCAUUAAAUGUGGGUGGAGGGAAACGCCGGAUGCAAAUAUAGCUACAAAUGUACAUACAGCUAGCCUAAAUAGCAUGUUAGCAUCGAUUAGCUGGCAGUCAUGCCGCGACCAAAUAUGUCUGAUUAGCACAUAAGUCCAUAACAUCAACAAAACUCACCUUUGUGAUUUCGUUGACUUUAUUGUUGGAAUUGAUCUGCAGGUUAUCUAUACAUCUCUGUGCUAUGUCCGCUUUAGCAUCGCCGGUAAAAUGUGCAGACCAAACGAUCGGGACUUUCGCAUCUUUUCACACUGGAGCAACUUAAAUCCGUCGAUUGGUAAGAGUUUGUUUGGCGUUAAAUGUGGGUGGAGGGAAACGUUGGAUGCAAAUAUAGCCACAAAUGUACAUACGGCUAGCCUAAAUAGCAUGUUAGCACUGAUUAGCUGGCAGUCAUGCCGCAACCAAAUAUGUCUGAUUAGCACAUAAGUCCAUAACAUCAACAAAACUCACCUUUGUGAUUUCGUUGACUUUAUCGUUGGAAAUGCAUCUGCAGGUUAUCCAUACAUCUCUGUGCCACGUCUGCCUUAGCAUCGCCGGUAAAAUGUGCAGACCAAACGAUCGGGACUUUCGCAUCUUUUCACACUGGAGCAACUUAAAUCCGUCGAUUGGUAAGUGUUUGUUUGGCAUUAAAUGUGGGUGGAGGGAAACUUUGGAUGCAAAUAUAGCGACAAAUGUACAUACGGCUAGCCUAAAUAGCAUGUUAGCACCGAUUAGCUGGCAGUCAUGCCGCGACCAAAUAUGUCUGAUUAGCACAUAAGUCCAUAACAUCAACAAAACUCACCUUUGUGAUUUUGUUGACUUUAUCGUUGGAAUUUAUCUGCAGGUUAUCUAUACAUCUCUGUGCUAUGUCCGCUUUAGCAUUGCCGGUAAAAUGUGCAGACCAAACGAUCGGGACUUUCGCAUCUUUUCACACUGGAGCAACUUAAAUCUGUCGAUUGGUAAGAGUUUGUUUGGCAUUAAAUGUGGGUGGAGGGAAACGUUGGAUGCAAAUAUAGCGACAAAUGUACAUACGGCUAGCCUAAAUAGCAUGUUAGCAUCGAUUAGCUGGCAGUCAUGCCGCGACCAAAUAUGUCUGAUUAGCACAAUAAGUCAAUAACAUCAACAAAACUCACCUUUGUGAUUUCAUUGACAUUAUCGUUGGAAUUGAUCUGCAGGUUAUCUAUACAUCUCUGUGCCACGUCUGCCUUAGCAUCGCCGGUAAAAUAUGCAGACCAAACGCAUCUUGUGACACUGGAGCAACUUAAAUCCGUCGAUUGGUAAGUGUUUGUUUGGCGUUAAACGUGGGUGGAGGGAACGGCUGGAUGCAAAUAUAGCUACAAAUGUACAUACAGCUAGCCUGAAUAGCAUUUUAGCAUCGAUUAGCAUGCCGUGCUACGUAAAUCAACUUGAAUCCGUCCCUGAUCGUGUUGUUACAGCCUCCGACAACACACCGACGAGGCAUGAUGUCACCUAUUUAGAGUUAGGAAAUCGGUUAAAAAACUAAAUGGUCUUUUUUCUGCACCAUCAAGGUAUAUAUUGACGCUUAUGUAGGUUUGCUGAUAAUGUCCCCCUUUAAUAAGUUGUCUUAUAUACUGUAAUAGUGUCUGACAAGAGGGUUCACUCCAUACUUGCUGGUGGUAAAGGUGGGAACAGCUCCCCUGUCCAUCAAAAGUCUGGACACGCCACUGCUCGUGACCAGUGGGUGCGCGCGCAGCAGCUGUCGGAACAGACGGAUCCAGACUCUCCGGUGUGUCGGAAGGAUCCCGGCAGGCAGGCAGGAGUGGCACGGCGCUGGGCGGCGGAGCGCUGGCGGAGGGAUUCGCCUGAACCCCGCGGACGAAGCCAAUCGAUGAGCUGGCGGGCUGGCGGGCAGAGACAAGCGGGAAUAAAGGACGGAGACUCCGGCGAGGACUCGUCACGUCGCGGCCGAACACCGUCGUGUUUCACCGUGGACUUCCUCUCCGGGACACGACCCACGUCCUCACCCGGAGAAGUAGGAGUUGUUGACGAAAGCAGAGAGAGACUGAAGGUGGCUCAUGAUGAAGAAAAGCAGGAGUGCUCAAGGAGUCGCAGCCAGAGAUGAGAACAAGGAUCCCGCGGCGGGCCAGGUUCCCUCGAGCAGCGCCCUCGGAGUGGAGGCCUGCCAAGUCCUGAGGCGCUUUUCCGGCAACCUGCAGCUGCCGCCGUUGUCGUGGCGACAGGCCGAAAAGGAGCGGGACAGGGGGACUCUGCUGUCGCCGGAGGGGGGCCCCGGGACUUGCCUCAGGCCCACUAGUCUGCCCAUCGCCACGCUCCCACGCAUCGACAUCACCCAGGCGGAUGCCGACAGUUUGGAGGCAGAGAAUGGACGAUCGUGUCCUUCGGACCCGCAAGUGUCCCCCAGUUCGGGCCUGGUGCUCCAUCCCAACGUGGCGGGUCAUGGCCAGCGUCGAGAGUCUUUCCUCUACCGCUCCGACAGCGACUACGAACUGUCGCCCAAGUCCCUUUCCCGGAACUCUUCUAUCGUGGGAGAACUCCACGGAGAAGACUUGAUAGUGACUCCAUUUGCCCAGGUCCUCGCCAGCCUUCGGACUGUCAGAAACAACUUCACCACCUUGACUAAUGUGCAGUGUGCAUCUAACAAGCGUUCUCCUGCUGGAACCCAGCCUUCUGUCACCAAAGUCUGCUUGUCAGAUGAGUCCUACCAAAAACUUGCAAUGGAGACCAUGGAAGAGCUGGACUGGUGUCUGGACCAGUUGGAGACCAUCCAGACCUACCGUUCUGUCAGUGACAUGGCGUCCAACAAGUUCAAGAGGAUGUUGAACCGGGAGUUAAGCCAGCUGUCUGAGAUGAGUCGCUCAGGCAAUGAAGUGUCCGAGUACAUCUCCAACACCUUCCUAGACAAACACAACGAGCUGGAGCUGCCAUGUCCCGUCCCCAAGUCCAGGGAAAGGAAGCGCCGGCAAGGCCAGCAGCAGCCGGGCGGAGGAGCCGUGACUCAAACGGGCGGGGUGAAGAAGGUCAACUACUCACCUUGCAUCCCCGGAGGCGCCAACAGUCGCUUCGGAGUCAAGACGGACCAGGAAGAACUGCUGUCCAAGGUUGACCUGGAGGGCAUCAAUAAAUGGGGACUGAAUAUCUUCCGGGUGGCAGAGCACUCUCACAACCGGCCUCUCACCUGCAUCAUGUACGCCAUCUUUCAGGAGCGAGACCUGAUGAGAACCUUCAAGAUCCCGGCAGACUCUUUUGUGACGUUCCUGCUGACCCUGGAGAGCCACUACCACUCCGACGUGGCCUACCACAACGGCCUGCACGCAGCAGACGUGGCGCAGUCCACGCACAUCCUCCUGUCCACUCCAGCGCUGGACGCGGUCUUCACUGACUUGGAGAUCUUGGCAGCCAUUUUUGCGGCUGCAAUUCAUGAUGUGGACCACCCGGGAGUGUCCAACCAGUUCCUCAUCAACACCAACUCGGAGCUUGCUCUGAUGUACAACGACGAGUCGGUGCUGGAGAACCACCACCUGGCCGUGGGCUUCAAACUGCUGCAGGAAGAGAACUGCGACGUCUUCCAGAACCUCAGCAAGAAACAGAAGCAGUCCCUCAGAAGGAUGGUCAUAGACAUGGUCUUGGCGACGGACAUGUCGAAACACAUGAGCCUGUUGGCCAACCUGAAGACGAUGGUGGAGACGAAGAAGGUGACCAGCUCCGGAGUCCUUUUGUUGGACAACUACACCGACAGGAUGCAGGUUCUCCGCAACAUGGUCCACUGCGCCGACCUGAGCAAUCCCACCAAGCCUCUGGAUCUGUACCGGCAGUGGACGGACAGGAUCAUGGACGAGUCCUUCCACCAGGGAGACCGAGAACGGGAGCGGGGGAUGGAGAUCAGCCCCAUGUGUGACAAACACACGGCGUCGGUGGAGAGGACACAGGUGGGCUUCAUUGACUACAUCGUGCAUCCUCUGUGGGAGACGUGGGCAGACCUGGUCCACCCGGAUGCUCAGGACAUCCUGGACCUGCUGGAGGACAACAGGAACUGGUACCAGAGCAUGAUCCCCCAGAGCCCCUCGCCUCCCUUCUACUCCGGCGACAAAAAAGAGGGCGGACCGCACGGCCAGGCGGAGGGCGGGGGUCCUGUCGCCAGCAGGUUCCAGUUUGAACUGACGCUGGAUGACCAGGAAAGCGACGGGACGGAGACGGCGGUCUGCGACGUCUCCCCGGCGGAGACCUAGCCGGCGCCACCCGGUGCUCGACGAGGAAAAGAGAGCGCCACGUUUUUUCGCUGCUCGGGUUUUGUUUCGUUGCGGCGCAGCAAUGCUGCAAGGAGGCUCUUUGGGGCCUUCUUGGCUGACUAGGCCCCCCAUUCCCUGCUGAAGAGGCUCGGACACCCUGUGGCAGUUUGUUUUGGAAGGUGGGCGACUUCUGUCCCGAGGUCUGCGUGUACCGGGGACAAGUGAACCUUCCAGAUUUGGACGUUCAAAACAAUUUCGUGUUGUGUUUGGACGGCCAUGUGGUUCCGUGUCCCACCAGGACUACUUCCUGGUCUGCUACUUUUUCGUAACCAUUCCAUUUUGUUUUUUUUCUCCCCAACAUGUCUUAAAAACACAUGUGCCUUUUUGUUUUGACAACCAUGUACUUUUGCAAGUGUAUUUAUAAUUUAUUCAACACGUCCGUGUAAGGUUUGUCCCUGGCGGUCUUUUUGAGGAUCUGGCAAAGGCGGGAAGCUGGUCCUCGCUGAAGCGUUCAGGGGCUGCAGCUCCAAAAAAUCACUUUGACUUCCCGGCACACUUUUGCACUUUGUGGCCAAAAGAAUCACGUCUAAAAUAUU